CUAAACUUUAUGUAACCGAAAACUUCAAGAACCCAUCACCAAAAACCAUUCAAAAAUAAAAUACAAUCCAAGAAAAUGGGAUUACAAAAUCAAUUAACUGAUGUUUCUAGUGAAUCAAUCCCUAUUUUACUAGUAACCCUUCUUGCUAAUUGCUUAACCAAUCUCCGUUCACUUAUUUUCACUUUCCUUCAGUUCCUUGGUUUAUCGUCUUUUCAAUUAAAUCCGAUACAAAUUGAAACUGACACUUUAUACGACGCUGUUGGGUCCGGUUUAACUGGACUUGUUAUGUUAGCCGAGCAACUUAAUAUAAACCGUGUUUUUUCUUACACAUUUGAUGAUCAAGAUGAUGAAGCUGCUGGUUCAAGUUGUGUUGUUUGUUUGAAUAGAUUGGGUGAUGGUGAACAUGUUAGGAAAUUGGUUUGUAAACAUGUUUUUCAUAAAGAGUGUUUUGAUGGUUGGUUAGAUACGUUUAAUUUUAAUUGCCCGAUUUGUCGGUCUUCUUUGGUUUCUGAUGAGCGCGUGGUGCUAACUCGCCGGCGAGUUGCGUGGGAGGUUCUUGAUUGGUUCUCCUUGAGAUGAAGUGAAGUGAAGGGGUCGCUUAGUCGGUUCAUGAUUAAAUUAUCUCAGGAUUAUAAUAUUUGGAUAUGGGAUAAGGUGAAAUAUACAAAAUUAAGUUUGGGCUUAAAUUUAUAUUGUGUUUGGUUGAUAGUAUAAGUUUAUUCUGAUAUAAAUUUAUGCUGUCAACCUGUUAAGGUAUGAAUUUAAUUUCAGACUUAAUUCUAUGAUAUUUUGCCUUAUGCUGCGUACCAAACGGACCCCUAAAUGUGAUAACACGAUGGUCUCUUGGUGAUGAUGAGGCUUUUUUUUUUUUUUUUUUUUUUUUUAAAGAGUUUUUGUGGAUACUUAUUUUUUAAUGGUUUUUUGGGAAUUAUUUCCAAUUUUUGAAGAACUUGAUGUGAAGUUCUUUUCCACUAUUGUAAAAAAGAAAGGUGCCUUUUUUGUUGGUAGUUUUUGACGGGAGUAAUAUUUAUUUU